AUGGUAUUCGGAAUUACGAAACAGUACAUUUUGGCUAUCAUACCGAUGGCCGGGUUUGGUUUCGGCUGGUUUCUGGACAAUAAGGAAACCGAACGCAUGACGAUGUUUCGUGAUAAAAGCGCGUUGUACGGUAGGGUAUUAAAGGAAGGUGAGAGCCCCUCAUGGCCGUAAUAGUGAUCGUUAAUUAUGAUAGUAUGAAAUAUACUGGUUAAUCUCUAA